UUUCAGAGGUCCCAACAUGUAACGUCAGAGCUUAUUAAGAGACUCGGGCUUGAGUAUGAACUUGAGGGACAUCAAGGAUGUGUUAAUUGCUUGUCAUGGAAUGAAAAUGGCCGAUUGUUAGCCAGUGGAUCAGACGACGUACAGGUGAUAAUCUGGGACGCCCUCAGACAUAAGAGGCUCACCUCUUUGAGGUCGGGUCAUCGGGGUAACAUUUUUUCAGUCAAGUUCCUCCCACACACGAACGACAACGUCGUCAUCAGCGGUGCGGCUGACUGCGAGAUAAGAGUGCAUGACGUCACAACCAAAGAUCCCAUACACGUAAUCUCUUGCCACCAGAACCGAGUGAAACGAUUGGUCGUCACUCCAGACCAAUCAAAUGUCUUCUGGAGUGCUGCUGAAGAUGGCACUGUUAUGCAGUUCGACAUCCGAGAUCCAUCGUCUCUGAAAAGUGAACAUCCACAGUGCUUGCUGAUCGAUCUAAAGGCACAGAUUGGUUACUACACGGAAGUGAAGUGUCUGGCGAUCAAUCCGGCGUUUAGUGAACUGCUGGCCGUCGGCGCUAACGAUCCUUACGUUCGAAUGUUUGAUAGGAGAAUGCUGAGAUGUAGAUCUGUCACUAGAGAUAGAUCAUCGUCAAAAAACGGUGAUGAUGACGAUGAAAUUCCACUUGGUUGCGUCAGUUAUUAUGUUGCAGGCCAUCUCCCGGAAAAAGAAGUCGAAUUCCGGAAACGCCACCGAACGCUGGCCUCAACGUACGUAGCUUUCAGUCCGAACGGCCAGGAGCUGCUGGUGAACUUGGGCGGGGAGCAAAUUUACUUGUUCAACAUUUUCGAGAAAAGAUGGAAGCAGAAGAUAGACUGCCUCUUCAAGAGAAAUGAUAAAUAUUCAUCUGAAUUUCAAAACGAUGAAAAUGGCUAUCUAAAAGGUGGUUGGGUAUUUUUUAAUAAUAUGAAUAAUAAUAAUAAUUUAUAUAGCGCAAUAUGCGACAGAGCUUUUUGUUCUUUACAGAACAAACUCCUAGAAGAUAUGAAAGAAAUGGCCAAGAACAGCUUCAACUUGAAGAAUUACAAUAAGGCAGUGCACAUAUACAACAAUGCCAUUAGCCAGUACCCCAAUAUAUCUACACUCUACUGCAAUAGGGCUAUGGCCUUAUCAAAAAGAAAUUGGAAUGGCGAUUCGUAUGCAGCUAUGAGGGACAGCUGUACUGCUAUACGAUUGGAUGAUCAAAAUUUGAAAGCUCACUUCCGAUUGGUCAAAUGUUUGAUAAACCUUAAAUGGUUGGACGAAGCGAGUAGAUGUUUACUGAUGACGAAAAUGAAAUUCCCAAACUCCCAGGCUCUGCUAACUUUGGAAAAAGAAAUUGAAAGUGCUAUAAAUAACAAAAAAAUUUUAGAUAACACGAUGUACUCACGCAGUUCAAACCUCGAGAAGUUGUCGGAGAACGAGAAGAUCUGUCGCAGCAAGGCUUACGAUUAUGAGCAGCGAUUUUGUGGUCAUUGCAACACGACUACUGAUAUCAAGGAGGCUAAUUAUUUUGGGAGUGACGGCCAGUACAUAGUUGCAGGAUCAGACGACGGAUCAUUCUUCAUAUGGGAUCGCAAAACGACGAACAUUGUCAGGAUCCUGAGAGGUGAUGACUCGAUUGUCAACUGCCUAGAACCUCACCCCACCACAUGCCUACUGGCCACCAGUGGCAUCGAACCCGUCGUCAGGCUCUGGAGCCCCAUGCCCGCGGACGGUUACGAGAACAAACGAGAGAUCGACGAUUCAGACGACGCAGCUCAAGCAAAUCAGCAGAGGAUGAAUAAGGACCCCAUAGAACUGAUGCUUCUAAACAUGGGCUACACCCUCAAUGCGGCCGACCUUGAGGGCAGGGGUGAGGCUGGCGGGGCUUCCGGUGGCUCAGGGUCAGAUAGUGACGCUGCUAUGAUGUGUAGAACUAGUUGA